AUGAUGGAAGAUUACGAGAUGCGUGGAGUUGCAAUAAUGGGUAUCAAUGAAAGGGACGCGCUCAGAAAGGCGUCAAAGCCGGUGUUGCCCAUCUCAUGGGAGUCGUGCGACCUUGUCCGUGGAUCGCCCAAACCGGCUAACCGUGGGUCCCACAGCUGGCGAUCCACACAGCCGCUCUCGCAGAAGGGGCCACAGAUCCACAGGGGUGGCUGUGGUCCACGUCGUUUGGGAGGGAGCUUCGACAGGACUGAGCGAGCGGUGAGUGAUGACGAGUGUCUGUCUGGUCCACGUCUGUCUGUGUAA